AUGAAUCAACCCUUUGAUAGAAUCAAAGUAGCCUUAAAAUCUUCAGGGCAAGAUCGGAGUGCGUAACAUUUAUAGUUUGCUUGCAGUUUAUAUUCAACGUCCCUCGUGUUUGGUUCAGUUAUCAGAAUCCGAAAACUUUGAAGAAAAGGAAAUAGCCUUUUUUUUUUUCUCGUUUUCCCUCCAAAUGAACAGUUUGGUUGGUAAUUCAGAGCAGGUAACAAUGGAGGAGGCCACUUCCAAAGGCGUCGCCGGAAGAAGAGGCGAGAGGAAGAAAGCCGUUUCCAAAUCUAUAAAAGCCGGUCUCCAAUUUCCGGUGGGCCGUGUCACUAGAUAUUUGAAGAAAGGCCGUUACUCCCGUCGAUUAGGCGCCGGCGCUCCGAUCUACCUUGCCGCCGUCCUCGAGUACCUCGCCGCCGAGGUGUUGGAAUUGGCUGGGAAUGCCGCACGUGAUAACAAGAAAAAUAGGAUCAUCCCUCGGCACGUGCUUUUGGCUGUGAGAAAUGAUGAUGAAUUAGGAAAACUUCUUCAAGGUGUGACAAUACCUAGCGGUGGAGUGUUGCCUAAUAUUAAUCCAGUUUUGUUGGCGAAGAAAAAUACGUCUACUCCUGAGGAAAAGCUCUCUACUCCUACAUCGCCUAUGAAAACAUAGAUUAUUCAUUUUGUAAAUUUUUUUGGUAGAUUUUCUUUUUAUUUUAUUUAGGCUGGAUUUUUUAUUUUGGUAAUAUUAUAUAUAUAGUUUUAGUUCAGGAGAAAUUUGAUGGCCAUUUGCCUAACAUAUGGUCUUUUACUUUUUUAGUGUCACUUUCAUGGUUGGAUAUGAUAACGGUUUAAAUGUAGUCCCUUAUUGAAUUAAAUCAUGCAUGAAAGAAGCAUUUUGUUACCUUAACUAGUUUUAAAACCCUUUUUUAAACCUAGUCUGUUUGUAACAGUUGAUCGGAGUCCGUUAGAUAUAGUUUGGCUUAUUUUUGUCUGUGAAAAUUUAUUUAUGAUUACCCAAUUA